GUUACCAGCAGAGUGACUGCAGCUCAGGCUGAUUUAGCAAAGUGGGAAAACCCCUUUAAGGACAAACUCUACUUGUCUUUUUUAAAUGUACUUUUUGGCUUAAAAAAAUGCAUCAAAGAACCUGAACGUUGGCCAUAGCCUAACACCCUUACCACAGCUAUGUCAAUUCCGUUUCCUGCCAUUUAGUUUUAAACAUUUACACUUCUUGAUGAGAACAAUUCAGAAACCAUUUCUCACUAUAUAGUUGUCACCCAUUCUACUUGCUGGACAGAUUAUGUGCACUUCUCUUAUGCUUUAUUCAUUAAUUCAUAUGGUUGAAAAUCAAUGAUGACAAGGACAAUAAGAUUUGGGCUGUUCCUUUUUGUACAAAUUGCCUUAAUAUCAGGCAUUCCUUUUCUUCACACAGACCAAAAUCUGCCAAUUUAUGUGCCAGGUGAUAAUAUAACACUUAUGUGCUGCUCCGAAUCUCCUUUGACCCACCAAAUGUUCGAGUUUUAUAGAGAAGAUUCAUUGAUUUAUUUCAUAGCACAAGACCAAAACUGCACUAGCCAGAUCAUUAAAAUUACAACGCAGCAAGAUAUUGGCCCAUAUUACUGUGCAUACAAAGCAGUAGAAAAUGGAACUGAUGUGCAAUCCAAUAUGAGCCAUCCAAUCACUUUCCAAUAUGCAGACACACCGCUGCCUCCAAACAUUACUCUGGUACCGUUAUUCUCUGUGUAUACUACUAAGGAAUCUGUGCAUCUGGAAUGUGCACCUCCUGAUGGCACGGCAGUGAAAGGAAUCCAGAUUUACAAAGAAGGAAACGAGAUCCAUGAGGGGGUGACACUGAAGAGUAGAUAUGAGAUUUCUGCCUCAAACAAAGAUGCUCCAGGAAGAUAUUAUUGCAAAUAUUGGGUAGAAAUGAAUGGACGGAGCAUCAGCUCGUCACCUAGUGAGCAUGUCACCAUCAAUGUCACAAAUCCCCCCCAGGCUCCAUCCAUUAUUCUGAAUCCUAAGUUACCUGUUUAUAUAAAAGGGGAAAAUGUGAACAUCACUUGUUCUUUUCCUGAGCAGUCUACAGUCAUCUCCAUCCAGUACAUCAAAGACAACCAGGAGAUUCACAGAUCUAAGACACCCAAGACCAUGUCCACAUAUGUAUUAUCUAAUUUAUCUCUGGAGAAUACAGGUCAAUAUAAGUGUCAGUACUGGGUUAAAACUUCUGGGAGACAAAUUUCUUCCAAUGCAAGUGUUCCUAUAUCUAUCAUUGUGGAGGACACACCGCUGCCUCCAAACAUUACUCUGGUACCGUUAUUCUCUGUAUAUACUACUAAGGAAUCUGUGCAUCUGGAAUGUGCACCUCCUGAUGGCACGGCAGUGAAAGGAAUCCAGAUUUACAAAGAAGGAAACGAGAUCCAUGAAGGGGUGGCACUGAAGAGUAGAUAUGAGAUUUCUGCCUCAAACAAAGAUGCUCCAGGAAGAUAUUAUUGCAAAUAUUGGGUAGAAAUGAAUGGACGGAGUAUCAGCUCGUCACCUAGUGAGCAUGUCACCAUCAAUGUCACAAAUCCCCCCCAGGCUCCAUCCAUUAUUCUGAAUCCUAAGUUACCUGUUUAUAUAAAAGGGGAAAAUGUGAACAUCACUUGUUCUUUUCCUGAGCAGUCUACAGUCAUCUCCAUCCAGUACAUCAAAGACAACCAGGAGAUUCACAGAUCUAAGACACCCAAGACCAUGUCCACAUAUGUAUUAUCUAAUUUAUCACUGGAGAAUACAGGUCAAUAUAAGUGUCAGUACUGGGUUACAACUUCUGGGAGACAAAUUUCUUCCAAUGCAAGUGUUCCUAUAUCUAUCAUUGUGGAGGACACACCGCUGCCUCCAAACAUUACUCUGGUACCGUUAUUCUCUGUAUAUACUACUAAGGAAUCUGUGCAUCUGGAAUGUGCACCUCCUGAUGGCACGGCAGUGAAAGGAAUCCAGAUUUACAAAGAAGGAAACGAGAUCCAUGAGGGGGUGACACUGAAGAGUAGAUAUGAGAUUUCUGCCUCAGACAAAGAUGCUCCAGGAAGAUAUUAUUGCAAAUAUUGGGUAGAAAUGAAUGGACGGAGCAUCAGCUCGUCACCUAGUGAGCAUGUCACCAUCAAUGUCACAAACACACCGCUGCCUCCAAACAUUACUCUGGUACCGUUAUUCUCUGUGUAUACUACUAAAGAAUCUGUGCAUCUGGAAUGUGCACCUCCUGAUGGCACGGCAGUGAAAGGAAUCCAGAUUUACAAAGAAGGAAACGAGAUCCAUGAGGGGGUGACACUGAAGAGUAGAUAUGAGAUUUCUGCCUCAAACAAAGAUGCUCCAGGAAGAUAUUAUUGCAAAUAUUGGGUAGAAAUGAAUGGACGGAGUAUCAGCUCGUCACCUAGUGAGCAUGUCACCAUCAAUGUCACAAAUCCCCCCCAGGCUCCAUCCAUUAUUCUGAAUCCUAAGUUACCUGUUUAUAUAAAAGGGGAAAAUGUCAACAUCACUUGUUCUUUUCCUGAGCAGUCUACAGUCAUCUCCAUCCAGUACAUCAAAGACAACCAGGAGAUUCACAGAUCUAAGACACCCAAGACCAUGUCCACAUAUGUAUUAUCUAAUUUAUCACUGGAGAAUACAGGUCAAUAUAAGUGUCAGUACUGGGUUACAACUUCUGGGAGACAAAUUUCUUCCAAUGCAAGUGUUCCUAUAUCUAUCAUUGUGGAGGAUCCACCCAUUACUCCAGUUCUUAAGCUGGCUCCAGCUCUGGAAAUUUACGUAGUAGGAGAAAGCCUUGUAUUUACAUGCAGCGGCCUUGUCAAUGCAAGACAUACCAUAUAUAAAGAUGGCCAGCUGCUGCAGAACGAUUUCUUCCAUCUAAUCCCAAGUGUACAGUUAUACCACAAUGGAAGCUAUACCUGUGCAUACAAUUUUGAUAACAAGGGACGUCAGAUGGAGUCAUCCCGAAGCCAGGCUGUUAACAUAUAUGUAAUCGAACCAUUGCCAGCUCCUAUACUCACAUUGGGACGCCCCAUAGAAAAAGUAGAAGAGGGGUUUGUGGUAACAUUAAACUGUUCUGCACCCGAUGAAGAUCUGCUUAGGACGUUUUACUAUUUCAGCACAACAGAAGAUAAUCAUUUGGCCAACUUGACAGGUUUUUCAACCUCUCUUGAGUUGGAAGUGGGACAUAUCAGCCAAAUUGCCUAUAUCUGUGAAUAUGAACAGGAGCUGAAGGGAAGAACGAUUAGGUCUAGAAGGAGUCAAACACUUUCCAUACAGCUCUCAGAAGCCUCCAUAAUGUCCCCUCCAGUGAUAGCUGGUAUUAUCGGAACAAUCUCUCUUCUUCUUUGUUUUACUCUGGCACUUUGGUUCUACAUGAAGAGUAAAAGAUAUAACAGACUUAAUCGUUUUCGUUUCAGUUCUUUCAGACAUGGUGGGUGGCUGACAUCCUAUGCACACAGAGAAAGUAGAGGAGACUCUCCUUCCUAGCUGUCUCACAGUCACUCAGAAGCAGCCCCAGGAUCAUUGAGGACAUUACAAAGAAGUACUGACAUGUAUGGUUAUAAAUAAAGCACUUGUGCAUACCUAUAAACUUCAUAUGUGGCUAUUGCAGUCUCUAUUUGUCUGUACAUGUCUCAGAGUUCCUGUUCACUUCCUCCCUCUAUGGACUUGCAUUGACAUGUGUAAUAUGAUCCUCCUGCAGAGAUGACCCAUCCUGAACAGGGAUUUUACGAAAUUUUUCAAAGUGAAAAGCAAUUAGAAAGGAGGUGGGCUGGUAAACAGCUGGAGAACUAGACAUUUCUCACUGAAAAGACAUAUAACAAAAUUUAUUGUGCUCACUUGUACUAUUGAUUUAUGCAAAGUUGUGUGAAAAGUUAGUGACCAUUAUAACUAGUAUUUCCUGACCAAGCUUCUUCAGAACCCUGGUAUUUCCUGGAAACUGGUUACUGGUUCCCCUGAAUCGCAGCAGCAAUAAAACAGGAAAUUAAGUUGAGGUUCAAAACAUUUUUGAAGGAUUUUUCCAUGGUAAUAAGGUUGGGAAUUACAGUCAGCUCUUCUGACAUAACUGUUGCAGUAAAAACAGUUUACCCACUUUAAGGCGACCACCAAAUAUUUUAAUUUAAAAAGUACUUACAGAAGGUUGGUCCUCUCUGAGAACAUGGUCGGUAUGUAUAGUAUAAGAUGGAACAGAAAAUCUGUCACAGAUAUUUUUGUCUUUUCCAUUUAAAAAAAUCAUGAAAUGUCCUUUGUUAAAACUCUGUGUGAGCC